ACGGUUUCCUCAGCUUUGGUUGGGCGGGGGAGGGUUGCGCAGCGGCGCGUUCUGGGAGCCGAAGAGACCGAGAUCUUCCCGGGCUCUUGAGAGUGUUACCUCUUUCGCGGCAACAAUGGCUCGGGUGUCUCGCUCGCGCAGCCCGGAGUGGGAAGCGUCGCAGUUGGUCGAAGAGCCCCGAUCCCGCGGGGCGGCCGCUCUCGUUCGCACUCUUGCUCUCGGCCCGGGGACCGGAAUGGCCUCGGCCAUCAGCUGGGUGGCCUCAGCCGAGGCUCCCGAAACCAGCUCUGCGGCCCUGGCUUGCGGUGUCGUUCGCGAGAGCGUCCCUCGGCAUCUCGGUGCGCCCCUUCCGCUUCUGCGUCCUCGUCCGCUGAGCGCUGCCGCCACUCGCGCCGCUGCGGGAGCGACGAGCCGGGACCCAGCCUCCUGGACCGGGAGGAGCUCUGAUGAACAUACACCAGUAGAGGACGAAGAGCCAAAGAAAAGCACCACUUCAGCUUCUACUUCAGAAGAAAAAAAGAAGAAGAAGAAGAAGUCUAGUCAUUCAAAAGAAAGAUCCAAGAAAAGGAGGAAGAAAAAAUCAUCUAAAAGAAAACACAAGAAGUAUUCUGAUGAUAGUGACAGUGACUCUGAUUCUGAAACAGACUCCAGUGUGCCUAGCACGGUUCGUGACAUAAGCGUUUGGAUGAGUGAAUUUCUCUGAUAUAACAAAUGGGACAGCAAAAGCAUAUUUAUCUGGUCAAAGGUAUUAACAUGGGGACUUCCCUGGUGGCACAGUGGU